CUCUAGUUCUCUAUAGUCGUGGCAAAAAAAAAUCCCAUUGAGACGAUCAUAAUAAUUCAGACAAUUGAAAUCGAAGAUGACAGAGAAAGAGAGAAAAGGAACAACCAGCACUUCCGGUGCAACUCCCCCACCAGAUCCUGUUCAACCGGAACAACAGCCUUAUUAUGGGACUUUUCAAGGGGUUGCCUGUUUCACCCAACCACCGCCUCAGCCGGUUAUCGGUUUCCCUCAGCCUGCUCCUCCGCCUGGUGCCACCAUCCUUUCUAAUUACUAUGGGAGGGGUUAUCAGACUGUUCCUGGUUAUGUAAUUGCUGAAGGAAGACCUUUGAGGGAGCCAAGACUUCCUUGUUGUGGAAUUGGCAUAGGCUGGAUGUUGUUUAUUUCUGGUUUCUUCUUUGCGGCCUUACCUUGGUAUGUUGGAGCCAUGAUUCUACUUUUUGGCAGACUGGAUUACAGAGAGAAACCUGGACUUGUGGCAUGCAUGGUAGCUACUAUUCUGUCUAUAAUUGCUAUCGUAUUUGGAGUAACAAAUGGUGAUGACUUCUGGUGACAGCUUGAUGUUUACAAAAGAAAUCGAAGUUGUACAUCCUGCCUUCUUGCAUGAAGCAACAUACAUCCUCCUUUUUUUCCUGUAUGAAUUUGCUGAAAUCCUCGGUUGAAUUUGCUGUUUAUAACAUCUCUUAUGUGUCAAUUCCUAUAGGUUGGUAUAAAUGUUCAUUUGAUACUUGAAAUGCUAUGGUACUUUGGCGUUGAGAUUUGAUAGUGCCUGCUGACAACAAUAUAAUUUGUACAGUUUUGUGACGCGUUAUUUGCUGGAAGAAAGGCUGUUUGUCCUGUUUUGUGUGUAUGCAACUACGCGUAUAUUUCAUCAUUGUAAAUACAGCAAUAUGCUCUUCUGAUGUGUCUGUUUGGCAACUCA